AUGGCUGAGGCAGUAUCUUUGUCUUCUCUCCCUGCUAUCACGAUUAAAAAAAAUUACACACAGCUGGGGAAUUGGUCAACUAAAGAAGCUACUCCAAAUUUUAUGGAAAUAAUAGUCAUUGUAUCUGUUCCCUUCUGCAUCUGGGGAUUAUUUGGGAAUACAAUUGGCUUUUGGCUUCUCUGCUGCAAGGUCAAGAGAAAUAGAAUCAUAAUUUACUUCCUGAAUUUGACAGUGGCUGAUUUCAUUGUGGUUGCCUACUACUUUACAGCAUUUUGUUUAUUUUUGACACCAUUUAAUAUCAAUAUAUACUUUCUACGUGCAAUGGAGAUAAUUUAUUUAUUUGGGUACAAUGCCAGCACAUACUUUUUAACAGUCAUCAGUGCCACAAGGUUCCUCGUGGUCUUUUUCCCAAUGUGGUAUCAACAUCACCAGCCAAAGACCCGCUUGGUGUGUGUUUUUUUGUGGUCCUGCUCUUUCCUGAUGUCACUGGGGGUCUAUAUUGCCUGUUUCCCAAGAUUCCUCUCAUCUCACAACAUGGACAGUUCCUAUUGUAGUGCUGCAACUAUAUCUGCAAUUACUGUCAACUUUUGUGUUUUCUUGCCCAUUAUGUUAUUUUCCACCCUUGCCAUUUUUUGGGGGAUGCAAAGGAAAGCAAGGCAAAGGCUUCCAGCAAAGCUGGACAUCAUCAUCAUCAUCAUGGUCCUUCUGUGUCUGAUCUUUGCUUCUUCAAUGAGAACUGUUGAUGCUGUUUCCUCUUGGCAUCAAAAACUAGAUUCACCAUUUGCAUUUCUACUUUCUGUGUUGUUUGAUUCCAUCAAGUACAGUGCCGACCCUUUUGUUUAUAUCCUUGUUGCAUGUUGGAAGAGAAAGAAGACCUCAGAACCCAUCUAUAUGUGUGUGGGGAGAGCUUUGAGGAACAAUGAAACAGUGAAAAAGGACACACAAGUAGCCCAAGAACAGGCUUGA